AUGGCGAACCCCUUUGAGGCGUUUGCGGCUGAGAAUGCCGUGAAGGAGGGCGAGUUCAAGGAGGAUCUUAACAACUAUCUCAUCUGCAAAGAUUGCAAAGAGUUUCCCCCGAACCUGAUCGAGGAGUUCUCUUCUGGAGACAUGGUAUGCGGGUCAUGCGGACUGGUUGUGGGCGACCGCAUCAUCGAUACUCGUUCGGAAUGGCGCACCUUUUCCAACGACGAUCAGGGCAACGAUGACCCAUCCCGUGUUGGUGACGCUCCGAACCUGAUGAUUGACGGCGACCAGCUCCAGACCACAAUCGCGUAUGGUGAAGGAAAGAAUGCCAGGAACCUGUCCCACCUGCAGAACAAGGUCAACCAGGAUAAAGCAUCCAAGGCCCUGCUGCAAGCAUACCGCGAUAUCCAGAGUCUGACAGACUCGAUUAAUACUGGUUCGCAAGUUGCGAAUGCGGCCAAGCAUAUCUACAAGCUUGUUGAAGACAACAAGGCGCUCAAGGGCAAAUCGCAAGAAGCUAUCAUUGCCGGUUGCAUCUUCAUUGCUUGCCGCCAGAUGGGCGUGCCACGUACCUUCCGAGAAAUCUAUGGCCUGACAAAGGUGUCAAAAAAGGAGAUUGGUCGUGUCUUCAAGCAGCUUGAGGCCUUCCUCCAGAAGAUGGGAGGCGAAGAACAGGUCGCCCAGACCAGCAUCUUCACCGCGCAGUACCAGGCCAAGGGCUCGACGAGCGCACCCGAGCUUUGCGCCCGCUACUGCAGCAACCUCCGUUUCCGCCACGCUGUCCGUGUCGAGAAUAUUGCCCGCCGCCUGGCUGAGAAAUCGGCUAAGGUCACCGAUCUGGCGGGUCGGUCCCCGCUCUCGGUGGCAGCGGCAUGCAUCUACAUGGCCUCUCACCUUGCUGGAGAGCCCCGCACUUCUAAGGAGAUCUCUGUUGUCGCCGGAGUCAGCGACGGCACUGUCAAGACUGCUUACCGCUACCUUUACAAUAGCAAGGACGUUAUCUUGACAGAGGAGGUCUUCCCAGAGGGCGUGCCUCCCACGGACAAGCUGCCGGUGAACUAG